UCCCGGGUGUUAGUUGCUGGAGCCCCGGGUCGAGAGGACGAGGCGCUGCAGUCGCCUGAGGAGCAGCCGCCGCCGCCCCGCCACCUCCUCCUUCUCCUCUUCCUCCCCCCGGAGCUUGGCCACCGCCUCCGCCUCUCCCUGCCCGAGACCCCUUCGCUACAAUGAAAGCUGCCAUCUUCUUGCCCUCCCCCGACCUCCGAUGCUCUCUGCUGCUUUUGAUAACUUGGAUUUUUACUCCAGUAACAGCUGAAAUAGCAAGUCUUGAUAGUGGAAAUAUAGAUGAAAUUUUAAACAAUGCUGAUGUUGCUUUAGUUAAUUUUUAUGCUGACUGGUGUAGAUUCAGCCAGAUGUUGCAUCCAAUCUUUGAAGAAGCCUCCAAUGUCAUUAAGGAAGAAUAUCCAAAUAAGAAUCAAGUAGUGUUUGCCCGAGUAGAUUGUGAUCAGCACUCGGAAAUAGCCCAAAGAUACAGGAUAAGCAAAUACCCUACCCUAAAACUGUUCCGGAAUGGUAUGAUGAUGAAGAGAGAAUACAGGGGUCAGAGAUCAGUGACAGCAAUAGCGGAUUACAUCAGGCAACAAAAAAGUGACCCUAUUCAGGAAGUUCAUGACUUGGAAGAAAUCAAAUUUCUUGAUCGCAGUAAAAGAACAAUUGUUGGAUAUUUUGAACAAAAGGACUCAGACAACUAUAGAACCUUUGAAAGAGUAGCAAAUAUUUUGCAUGAUGAUUGUGUCUUCUUUUCUGCAUUUGGGUCUGUUUCAAAACCAGAAAGAUUUAGUGGAGACAACAUAAUCUACAAACCACCAGGGGAACAUGCUCCUGAUAUGGUAUACCUGGGAUCCCUAACAAAUUUUGACUUGGCUUAUGCUUGGACUCAAGAUAAAUGUGUUCCUCUUGUUCGGGAAAUAACAUUUGAAAAUGGAGAGGAAUUGACAGAAGAAGGACUGCCUUUUCUCAUACUUUUCCACAUGAAAGAGGAUACAGUGAGUUUAGAUGUAUUCCAAAAUGAAGUAGCCCGGCAGUUAAUAAGUGAAAAAGGUACAAUAAACUUUUUACAUGCUGAUUGUGAUAAAUUUAGACACCCACUUCUGCAUAUACAGAAAACACCAGCAGAUUGCCCUGUAAUAGCCAUUGACAGCUUCAGGCACAUGUAUGUCUUUCCAGACUUCAAGGAUUUAUCGAUUCCAAACAAGCUUAAGCAGUUUGUAUUAGACUUGCAUUCAGGAAAAUUGCACAGAGAAUUUCAUCAUGGUCCUGAUCCCACUGAUGUUGCCCCUGGACAGCACAUUCAAGAUGUAGCAAGCAGUCCACCAGAGAGUUCCUUUCAGAAACUAGCACCCAGCGAAUAUAGGUAUACCUUAUUGAGGGAUCGAGAUGAGCUUUAAAAACUUGAACAGAAAAUUGCAAGCCUUUCAAACAACAGCAUCAACUUAUGUGGUGGAAAUAGUAAACCUAUAUUUUCAUAAUUCUAUGUGUAUUUUUAUUUUGAAUAAACUAAAAGAAAGGUUUGGGUUUUUAA